UACUAAAUAAAGAUUUAAUUUCACAAUACAUUAAAAUUUACCUUUAUUUGCUUAAUAAUGAUUUAAUCAGUACCGUUGAUCACAAAAUGAUGUCAGCGAAUCUCUAGAAAUUUUCUUCCACAUUUAAUGGCCAUUUCUUAGAGUCUAACUCUGCAAACCGAACCGUGUUUUCCAUCUUCCUUGAUCCCCCCAAUCUCUCUCAAACACUCUCUCGAUCUCUCGAUUCAACUGCUGGAACUUAGUUUCAUGGACUGUUCAUCUACAAGAUCUACUUGGGUGAGUUAAUUUUCGAAACUCCUCUUGAUUUUUCUUGCACUUUCUCGCUCUUUCUUGCAAUUAUAUCAUGAAUUCCCCCAAUUCAGAAUCUGGGUUUCUCCCAGAUGAAGUAGUUCUUCAAAUUCUUGCAAGAUUGCCCAUUAAAUCCCUCUUUAAACACAGAACAGCAUGCAAACAUUGGUAUAAAUUGUGUUCCGGUAAAUAUUUCAUUCAACUCUAUAAGGAAGUAUCUGUUAAGAACCCAAUUGUGUUGCUAGAGAUCACUGAGCUCUCGGAAGCCAAAUCAAGUUUGAUUUUUGUUGAUAGAUUUAGGGGUGCCUCUGAAUUUUCAUUGGAUUUUAUCAAUGAUAGAGUGAAAGUUCGAGCCUCGUGUAAUGGAUUGUUGUGUUGCUCUAGUAUACCUGAUAAGGGUGUUUAUUAUGUAUGUAAUCCAAUGACUAGGGAGUAUAAAUUGCUUCCCAAAAGUAGGGAAAGACCCGUUACUCGAUUUCAUCCAGAUGAUGAGGUCACUCUUGUUGGAAUUGCUUGCAAUUUAUCAAUGCAAAAGUUUAAUGUUGUAUUAGCUGGUUAUCACCGAUCGUUUGGCCAUAGGCCGGGCAAGACUUUUUUGUCUUUGGUUUUUGAUUCGGAGGCGAACAAAUGGAGGAAGAUUGUGUCAUUGCUAGAUGAUCAUUUCACCCAUAUGAAUAAGAAUCAAGUGGUAUAUGUUAACGGCUCACUGCAUUGGUUGACAGAAAGUUGUUCUUAUGUGCUUGUGCUCGAUUUGAGUCUUGACAUUUGGAGGAAGAUUUCAUUGCCCGAUGAAGUCUGUUGUGGGAAUGGGAAUAGGUGUUAUCUGUUGGAGUCAGAAGGGCAUUUGUCCGUGAUUCAGAUUUCAGACGCUUGGAUGUAUAUUUGGUUUUUGAAAGAUUACAUGAUGGAAGAUUGGCAUAUGGUUGAUAGGGUGAGUCUUAGAUGUAUUAGAGGAAUGGCACCGGGCAUUUUCCCAAUAAGUCAGACCAGUGAAUAUGUUCUUCUUGCAACCCAUAAAGAGGUGCUGAUGUAUCAUCGACAUAGCAGAGUGUGGAAAGAAAUGUAUUCUGUGAAGAACAGCUCUACCUUACCGUUGUGGUUCUCAGCACACGCCUUCCAAAGCACAAUCUUCUCUUGUAGGCAAGAGUAAGCUGUGGACUGAAUUUGAACGACUGUUGUAUAUAAAGGUAUUGUUGCAAAAUUGCUACUCAUUGUUCGACUCUUAAUUGUCAAUUGUCAAAGUUUUAUGUGAUUUGCAUAUGCAGUAUGUAAUUUCAGUACCAUGCUAGUGGCUUUGAGGUGGACCUUUAUCACUUCACAUUGAUCAUUUUGUCAGGCCACUGUGCGAUUGCUUUUAUGUAUUCAUAUCUCUGAUGUGGACUGAUUUUAAAAAGGUAUUGUAUAUAGAAUCAUUGUUGCAAAUUGCUACU